UUUCACAGUCCUGUGUUUGGUAUGGAGAAUGUGGAAUUGCAUCUGGGGAUAAGAGGUACAAUUGCAAAUAUUCUGGCCCACCAAAACCAUUACCGAAGGAUGGGUAUGACUUACUGCAGGAACAUUGUCCAGGAUUCUUCUUUGACAAUGUCAGUCUCUGUUGUGAUGUUCAGCAGCUUCGGACACUGAAAGACAACCUGCAGCUGCCUCUACAGUUUCUAUCCAGAUGUCCAUCCUGUUUUUAUAACCUACUGACCCUGUUUUGUGAGCUGACAUGUAGCCCUCGACAGAGUCAGUUUCUGAAUGUUACAGCAACUGAAGAUUAUGUGGAUCCUGUUACAAACCAGACGAGGACAAACGUGAAAGAGUUACAGUACUAUGUUGGACAGAGUUUUGCCAAUGCAAUGUACAAUGCCUGCCGGGACGUAGAGGCCCCCUUAAGUAAUGACAAGGCCCUGGGACUCCUGUGUGGGAAGGAUGCUGCUGCCUGCAAUGCCACCAACUGGAUUGAGUACAUGUUCAAUAAGGACAAUGGACAGGCACCGUUCACCAUCACCCCCAUUUUUUCAGAUCUUCCGAUCCAUGGGAUGGAGCCCAUGAAUAAUGCCACCAAAGGCUGUGAUGAGUCUGUAGACGAGGUCACAGGGCCGUGCAGCUGUCAGGACUGCUCCGCCACCUGUGGCCCCAAGCCCCAGCCCCCACCCCCUCCUCCUCCCUGGAGGCUCUUCGGCUUGGACGCCAUGUAUGUCAUCAUGUGGCUCACCUACAUGGCAUUUUUGCUUGUGUUCUUUGGAGCAUUUUUUGCAGUGUGGUGCUACAGAAAACGGUAUUUUGUCUCCGAGUACACUCCCAUUGAUAGCAACAUAGCUUUUUCUGUGAAUGCCAGUGAUAAAGGGGAGGCGUCCUGCUGCGACCCAGUGGGUGCAGCAUUUGAGGGCUGUUUGAGGCGGCUGUUCAUGCAGUGGGGGUCUUUCUGCAUCCGGAACCCCGGCUGUGUCAUUUUCUGCUCUCUGGUCUUCAUCGCGGCGUGUUCUUCAGGCCUGGUGUUUGUCCGGGUCACGACCAAUCCAGUCGACCUCUGGUCAGCCCCAGCCAGCCAAGCUCGCCUGGAGAAAGAGUACUUUGACCAGCACUUUGGGCCUUUCUUCCGGACAGAGCAGCUCAUCAUCCGGGCCCCCCUCACCAAAAAGCAUACCUACGAGCCCUACCCCUCAGGAGCCGACGUGCCAUUUGGACCUCCGCUUGACAUAGAGAUUUUGCACCAGGUUCUUGACUUACAAACAGCCAUCGAAAACAUUACUGCCUCUUACAACAAUGAAACUGUGACACUUCAGGACAUUUGCUUAGCCCCUCUCUCACCGUAUAACAAGAACUGCACCAUUAUGAGUGUGUUAAAUUACUUCCAGAAUAGCCAUUCUGUGCUGGACCACAAAAUAGGGGACGACUUCUUUGUGUAUGCUGAUUACCACACACACUUUCUGUACUGUGUACGGGCCCCUGCCUCUCUGAAUGAUACGAGUUUGCUCCACGAUCCCUGUCUGGGUACGUUUGGUGGACCAGUGUUCCCGUGGCUUGUGUUAGGCGGCUAUGAUGAUCAAAACUACAAUAACGCUACUGCCCUUGUGAUUACCUUCCCUGUCAGUAAUUACUAUAAUGAUACAGAGAAGCUCCAGAGGGCCCAGGCCUGGGAAAAAGAUAAAAACCAGGAGCACGCUGAAUUGACUGACCUAUGUCUUUGCCACAUCCCUCAGGUGGACUCGAAGGUCUCCCUAGGCAUCGCGGGCAUCCUGAUCGUGUUGAGUUCGGUGACGUGCUCGUUGGGCAUCUUCAGCUACGUUGGGAUCCCCCUGACCCUCAUCGUGAUUGAAGUCAUCCCGUUCCUGGUGCUGGCUGUUGGGGUGGACAACAUCUUCAUUCUGGUGCAGACCUACCAGAGAGAUGAACGUCUUCAAGGGGAAACCCUGGAUCAGCAGCUGGGCAGGGUCCUAGGAGAAGUGGCUCCUAGCAUGUUCCUGUCAUCCUUUUCUGAGACUGUAGCAUUUUUCUUAGGAGCACUGUCCAUGAUGCCAGCCGUGCACACUUUCUCUCUGUUUGCGGGACUGGCCGUCUUCAUUGACUUCCUCCUGCAGAUUACCUGUUUUGUGAGUCUCUUGGGGUUAGACAUUAAACGACAAGAGAAAAAUCGACUAGACAUCCUCUGCUGUGUCAGGGGCGCUGAGGAUGGAACAGGCGUGCAGGCCUCAGAGAGCUGUUUGUUUCGCUUCUUCAAACACUCCUAUUCCCCACUUCUGCUGAAGGAGUGGAUGCGGCCGAUUGUGAUAGCAGUUUUUGUGGGUGUUCUGUCAUUCAGUAUCGCAGUCCUGAACAAAGUGGAAAUUGGAUUGGAUCAGCAUCUUUCAAUGCCAGACGACUCCUACGUGGUGGAUUAUCUCAAAUCCCUCAGUCAGUACCUGCAUGCGGGUCCACCUGUGUACUUCGUCCUGGAGGAAGGGCACGACUAUACUUCUCCAAAGGGGCAGAACAUGGUGUGCGGCGGCGUGGGCUGCAACAACGACUCCCUGGUGCAGCAGAUAUUUAACGCGGCGCAGCUGGACAACUAUACCCGAAUAGGCUUUGCCCCCUCGUCCUGGAUCGACGAUUAUUUCGACUGGGUGAGGCCACUGUCUACUUGCUGUAGGGUCUACAAUACCAGUGGCCAGUUCUGCAAUGCUUCAGUGGUUGACCCCGACUGCAUCCGCUGCAGGCCUCUGACUCCGGAGGGCAAACAGAGGCCUCAGGGUGGAGACUUCAUGAGAUUCCUGCCCAUGUUCCUUUCUGAUAACCCCAACCCCAAGUGUGGCAAAGGGGGACAUGCUGCUUACAGCUCGGCAGUUAACAUCCUCGGCAACGACACUGGGGUCGGAGCCACAUACUUCAUGACCUACCACACCGUGCUUCAGACCCCUGCCGACUUUAUUGACGCUAUGAAAAAAGCCCGACUCAUAGCCAGUAACAUCACCGAAACCAUGGGCAUCAACGGCAGCAGUUACCGCGUCUUCCCGUACAGUGUGUUUUAUGUCUUCUACGAACAGUACCUGACCAUCAUUGACGACACAAUCUUCAACCUCGGCGUGUCCCUGGGAGCAGUAUUUCUGGUGGCCACGGUUCUCCUGGGCUGCGAGCUGUGGUCCGCAGUCAUCAUGUGUGCCACCAUCGCCAUGGUCUUGGUCAACAUGUUCGGAGUUAUGUGGCUCUGGGGCAUCAAUCUGAACGCAGUGUCCUUGGUCAACCUGGUGAUGAGCUGUGGCAUCUCCGUGGAGUUCUGCAGCCACAUCACCAGAGCGUUCACAGUGAGCACGAAAGGAAGCCGCGUGGCCCGAGCGGAGGAGGCGCUCGCCCACAUGGGCAGCUCCGUAUUCAGUGGAAUCACACUUACAAAGUUUGGUGGGAUCAUGGUGUUGGCCUUUGCCAAAUCUCAAAUCUUCCAGAUAUUUUACUUCAGGAUGUAUUUAGCUAUGGUGUUACUGGGAGCCACCCAUGGCUUAGUAUUUCUCCCCGUCUUACUCAGUUACAUAGGACCGUCAAUAAAUAAAGCCAAAAGUCGUGCCACUGAAGACCGGUACAGAGGCACAGAGCGAGAACGACUCCUCAAUUUCUAGCCCUCUCACGGGGUUUGGUGACUUUGAACUGUGUCUAAGGGUCAGUUUACCACUGGAUGGUGGCUGCGUCGUCAAGGUGAGGUCGAGCACCGACGUUCCCAGACAUCAGGCUGACAGCAGCAGCUUCGGCGGAGCGCUUCUGAACUCAGGAAUGCAUGUGUGACUGGUGCGGCACUACUACAUCUGAAGGCAACCAAGGGACACUAAACCUCCCCCAGCUGCUUCAGGAAAGAAAGAAACCUCAUUCUUCGGCUAGUGCAGUGUGACGCUAGGAUGGCUGCCUGUGAUCUGCUCACCGACACUUCUUAAAGGCCAAUCAUAUACUGUCUCCUUUUUUAGGAGUGACAUUUGAGGACAUUGUAGAUACACUUACUAUAACAUUUUGUAGUUUAAAGAGCUUUAUUAAUGCAAUAAAUUAACUUUGUACACAUUUUUAUAUUUAA